UAAUAGAUUUGACAUAUAUUUUGUAUCAAGCACAUUCGAUUAGAAUCUUAGUGUUAUUGAUGGUCAGAUACAUCUUUCUAGAAUUCUUGUAAUAAGGCUAUAAUCUACUUUUCAUCCUACGGUCAAUUUGAUAUCUCAAAAAGAAUUGAAAGAAUUGUCGACUUGUCAUACUUAUAUUGACAAUGCAUUUCUAUUUUGUUGGUUAAUGGAUAGUAUAAUUAAACGCUAAUGAAAAUACUUUCUAUAAUAUAUUCUGUAAAACUGCAAACUACUUUAUUUCGUCAAAAAAAAACUGCAAACAAUUUUAAAAUCUUACUGAAAUAUAAAUUACAAGAAUCAGUCCAUUGAUCGCGCUUAUAAAGGAAAACGAACGAGGGGCGAAAUUAGUAUUUAUUUAGGCUAGGUCGCUUAGCUAGGAAGUUGAAACAAUGGUAGGCAUAAAUGGAUCGUUUGUACUUGGUGCUCAAACUUAUCCCGGCCUAUUAGUUAAAGGAUAAUUUUUUUUUUUUUUUGAUAAAUACCAAUGUGUUUGUUACUUAUUUCUGAUUGUGGGGAAUCACCUUAUGUUAUACCUACGAAGUUAUCAACAUCUUAAAUAAAAACUUACAUAUCACAUGACAAUAGGUAAUAUGUUGUAAGCUACUUUAUAGGGUAUUUAAGUGUAUAAUCCCUCAAUAAAUCGUGAAACCACCGAUUGUUCAAAUGGUCUACGAGUAUGUACCAGUCUUGCAACUUCUGCCUUUAUAUAAAUUACAAUCAUAAUUGAAAAUUGAUUUUAUAUAUAUAUAUAUAUAUAUAUAUAUAUAUAUAUAAUAUCCUCAACAUACACAGUUCACACUAUAUCCAUAGGACCCACUUGUCCAUGAUUCGUUAUUUUUCUAACUCUCCAACAUUAUAAAACCCUCCCACUUCCUCCUAUUAACUUCAAACUAAUUUCUACCCACGAAUACAACUACACAAGCUCUUUGAUAUUCAUCUCUCACUCUUGUAAACCAAAUCCAAACAAUGACUCCGGCGGAAAUCACCGGGUAUUAUCAAUAUCUAUCGCCGGAGAAUUUAUCAACAAUCCCGGCGGAAUUCAACAUACUAAACAUGCCCUCAUCUCCAAUCUCUUCCUCUUCAUUAAACUACCUAAACGAUCUCAUCAUCAACAACAACUAUUCCUUAUCAUCCAACGGUCAAGAUCUCAUGAUGAGCAACAACUCAACUUCUGACGAAGAUUAUCAUCAACAUCAUCAGAGCAUCACCGCACUCGACGAGAGGAAACAAAGGAGAAUGCUUUCAAACAGAGAAUCCGCGAGGAGAUCUAGGAUGAGGAAACAGAGACAUCUUGACGAACUCUGGUCUCAGGUGAUAAGGCUUCGCAACGAGAACAACUCUCUUAUCGAUAAGCUGAUCCGCGUAUCAGAUACGCAAGAUAACGUAUUGAAAGAGAACUCUAAACUCAAAGAAGAAGUUUCUGAUCUUCGACAGCUUGUAUCUGAACUAAAGCCCAACAAGAACAACAGUUUUCUAAGAGAGUUCAAAGAAGUUUAGUAUUUCUUCAAAAUAAAUCGGCGGGGCAGAGAUAUGGGGGUUUGUGUUAUCAUAUUGGGUUUUGGUUGGUUCUAGAAUGUAAGAGCACCAUUAUCCUAGAGACCCUAAAUGGGUCUCUAAUUUUUUUUUUAAUACUUUUUAAUUGUAAAAGUGAAUUAAGAGACUGGAUUAAGAGACCCGAAAAUUUACGUGCUCCAUUGCAAGUUUCUUAUUUAAAGGUUCUUAAAAAAAAAAAAUUAAAUUAAACACCAAUUUUUUUUUUGAUUUUUCUUAUUAAACUUAAAUUUUUUCUUAAAACAUAGUACAAGAUAACAUUUUAAAUAUUGAUUUUAAAAUAAAAACAUAAAAAAUAAAAAUGAAGGAAUUUGUUUGAUGACUUUGUGAGAAGAAUGGAAAUUGUUUUGUGAUUAAAUAGAACUUGUGCGAUG